AUGGGAGGGGAAAUGGUCUACAUAUUAGAUCAACGCUUAUCCGCUCAAGAGAUUGUUGAUCAAAAAGCAGCGAAAGUGAUAAAUGAUAUUGUCGGUGCGAUGUUUAAUAGUAAAUUUGUCGAUGAACUCUUUCGACCGCAAGAACUGUAUCCGAAAAAAUCUGUUAAACAAAUCUUCGAAAAAUUAGCGCACUCAAGCAUUAUGAGGCUAAAUGAAGCUAGUAUGGACAAGCUAUACGAUCUUAUGACAAUGUCUGUGAAAUUUCAAAUAAUGCUUUGUCCAUGUGCUGCUGAUAUUAUUAAAGUUACUUAUAAUCAUGUGAAUUCAAUGCGAAAAUUAGUUCGUAGUUCAACAGUACUUGAUCUAUUGGAUAAAGCAUUUAUAGCUUUCAAUAAACAAUUUGAACGGUUGAAUGAUGUUGAAUGGUUACUUAUUCGAGACACAAUACUUUUCUUUUUUCAAGAUGUUCAUAUUCGAGUUUCUAUUUUUCUUCGAGAAAACUUACAAACACAGCAAGGACAAUUUAUUAUGAAAACAAACGGUAUUGUUCCAACUGGCUUUCAGACACCCGGUGAAAUUCGAACAUACAAACGAGGCCGUUUGAAUAAUACGCAUAUAUUCAAUGCCGGUGAACGUCAUGAGCCACCUGAUGAUAAACGUACUUUUCAUCUGGGUCUGAAUAUUUAUUCACGAAGUAAAAAUUCAAGUGAAAGUUUAUUAAGUGACAGUGCUGUUCGACGACCAUCGGUUAUGGUCAAUGCUGCAUCAGAUAUUGAAAUGAUUAAUCCUGAUCCUAAAAUGAUUGCUCAACUGAAUCUACUUUCUGAUCUAAUUGGAAAUAGUAGUAAUUCAGAUUCGUCGCGUUCUGGCCUUGUAAAAUUAUCAUUGUUCGAUGAUGACGAUGAUGAAGAUACUGGCCCACCAGUUCAAAAACAUGCUCAAGCAUCAUCCACAAUUAAUAAACGACCCAAAAAUGACGAUAUUACAAUCGAUGUAUCAAAACGUAAUCAAAACCCGCGAUUAUCUCAUGUUCUACAAGACCUUGAUUUUGAUGAACGUCCAAAGCGUCGAGGAAAAAAAGAUGACGACGACGACGACGACGAUUUAUGCGCAUUGAUGGAUCGGCUACCUAGUGACACUGGAAAUAAACGACGUUGA